GCGAGAAUUCCGACAUGCGCCUGCCGCAACUUCGCUUCUUGAGUCAAGCCCAAGCGCAACGCAUCGACGAGGAGCUCAUGUCGACGUAUGCGUUCUCAAUCGAUCAGUUGAUGGAACUGGCGGGGCUGAGCGUAGCAUGCGUCGUCGAGAAUGAAUUCUGGCAUGUUGCGGCCACUCCGCUCUUGGUCGUCGCUGGUCCUGGGAACAAUGGAGGAGACGCCCUAGUUGCAGCACGUCAUUUAAAGCAUUUCGGCUUUCUACCGGAAGUGCAUUACCCAAAACCGACGGCAAACCCCCUGUACCAACGCCUGGUUCAACAAUGCCAUGACCUUGGCAUUCCCUUUGUGCCUUCCAUCGACACAUCCAGCGACUUGAGUCGCUACGGACUCGUCUUGGAUGGCAUCUUUGGCUUUAGCUUUCGCGGCCCGCCACGCGCCCCUUUCGACAACAUCCUCGCCCUCCUAGCUCGCAGCUCCACUCCCAUCGUAUCGAUUGACAUUCCGUCCGGAUGGGACGUCGAACGUGGCGACCCCGACGGCCGCGGCCUCCAUCCGCAUGUCCUCGUGUCGCUCACCGCCCCCAAGCAAUGCGCGCAGCACUUCCAAGGGCUCCACUUUGUCGGCGGUCGCUUCGUACCUCCGGGUCUCGCCGCCGCUUUCAACUUGGUCUGCCCAACCUACACUGGGUCCCAGCAGUUUGCCCUGUGGCCAUACAUCUCCUAGUAUCCCUCCUUGCCACAUCCAACCCUAACCAAUCAAUCCCCCACACAAGGCGGGUUUACACUGCAUCCCCCACCACCACCGUGUCAGUACUAGUUACCCCAACGACGACUCCAGUGCUCCUACUUACUGCUAGACAAACCUACUACUACUAUGUACAUAAGUUUAUUUCGACCAUUGGACAA